ACUAAUUAACAGUUUAUAUAGUUGACAACGAUUUAAAGCAGAAUGCAUUUGGCCGGAGUCCUUCUUUUGGCUUUUGUCAUCGGCAUUCAAGGAAAUCCUAUUUCUUUUAACGAAGAUGACAUAAAUAAUAAAGAGUCCAUGUUAUUUCCCGAUGGAGAUGGAAAACUACAUCUGAUUCAUCUCAGGGCAAAUCCGAACGAAUAUGAACCUCUCAUAAAAUUUGAUCCAAACAAACAUGUUCAUUUUCAACUUUACACAAGGAAAAACCCCAAGAAGCCGCAACUAUUAGUUCCAAAAGAUUUAUCAACAGUCAAGAAAUCAAAUUUUGAUCCUGCAAAGCAUACUUUCUUCAUUUCUCAUGGAUGGAAAAAUAAAUUGAGUAGUCCUGUCAAUGAACUGAUACGAAAAGCCUACCUAGAUACCGAAGAUGUGAACGUGAUAGUGGUUGAUUGGGAAUAUGGAGCCUCCUACAAUUACCUGGCUGCCAGAGGUCACGCUGCCACAACUGGGAAACAUUUAGGAAAAUUCAUUAGUUUACUUAAGAAAAACUUUAAUGUUUCCCUGAAAAAUGUGCGAUUGGUUGGACACAGUUUAGGCUCCCACGUCUCAGGAUUUGCCGGAAAAACGGUCAAGAAAAUCACCGGAAACAAGGUUGCCCAAAUUGUAGGUCUGGAUCCAGCUUUACCUUUAUAUUCCAUCAAAGAUCCUGAAGGAAGAUUGAGCAAAAAUGACGCUGAGUACGUUGAAAUUAUCCACACAAAUGGUGGAAAAUUAGGUUUCUGGGAUCCUUUAGGUCAUGCUGACUUCUACCCUAACUUAGGAUAUGCUCAACCUGGAUGUGGCACAGAUAUUUCAGGAUCAUGUGCCCAUGCAAGGGCCUAUAAAUAUUUUGCAGAAUCUAUCGAAAGAUCGCAAUCAUUCAGGUCUAAAUUAUGUUCUUCCAUGGAACAACUGAGCAACAAUAAGUGUCCUCAAAGCAGCAAUUGGUUCUUAAUGGGAGGAAAACACUAUAAGCCAGUAAAACACGGAUUGUUCUACCUAAAAACAAAAGCCGAAUACCCAUUUGCUUUAGGAGAUGCUGGAGUCACUUUAUGAAAAUGAUCGAACUUUAAAAGACAAACAUUAUAUUUUUAUUACUUGAAAAUAAAAUGUUUGCAAUUGUAUACGUAUGUAAAUAAAUAUUACAA